GUCAGUCCAGUUGAUGGUUUCUCGAACACUCCAGGUGUAACGACACAGCGGCUUUUCUACCAUUGCCUGCACUCUUUGAAACCUCCACAAAGCCCCGUGAAAGAACUGCGAUCUGCUGUAGGAUCAAUAUACCAGAGUGAGCGCGCUGGUUUAAUAGCCUUGGAACAGAACAAGGUCUUGAUUGGUACGAAUCGAUAUAUUGCGUGGGGUUAUCCAGAUCGUUCAAUUCGUAUGGGACAGAUCGAUUCUGAUAAGUCGUCUUGCAUUCAUGAGAUGUGUGACGCGGAUGAGUUGACUUGCGUGGCAAGUGGUGAUGAUCGCACGUUAUUCUGUGGCAGUAGCACUGGAUGUGUAAGUGUCUGGACUCUUUGCCGGAAACCAGUUUCGCUGAAAAGGCGGAAGUUGCUGGAUGGACAUUCGGAUGCAGUGACAUGUCUGGUUGUCUGUUCCGCUCAUGCAUUUGUUGUAUCAGCCAGUCGUGAUUGCUCAGUAAUUCUGUGGCAUCAAUCGGAGCUGUUUCUUAUCCGUCAACUUCCGCCACAUCCGAGUCCAGUGUCUGCUGUGGCUAUUAACGACACUACGGGAGAUAUUGCAACAUCUUGCUCGACAUUACUGCAUUUGUGGUCAAUUAAUGGCGAAUUGUUAGCUGUAGUCAACACAUGUGAUUCAAACCUAGUCGUGGAUCCGUCGCAGAUGAUCCUCAGUCUUACCUUCAGCACGAUGAACGAAUGGGACUCAGACAACGUAGUCGUUUGUGGGACGAGCGACGGUGUCGUGAAGAUCUAUUCAUGUGUAAUGGUGGAGAACGACGGAUCUGUCGAGGCGCCGCAUAUCGAGCCUCAAGUGAAGCCAGGUGCAUCCUCAUCUGCAAGCGUACACGCACGACUGGAUCGCGUGCGCCGGCGCCUCAAGGUGAGCGGAAGCCAGGACACAAGUGAGGCUCAUAGCCCUGAGCCACCAACCAGUCCUAUAGCAGCUGGAGCGCAACCGAAAGGCGGAGACAAAUCAUCUUGUCCUCAAUAUGUGCGAGUUCUUAUGCAGCGCGCUGCUUUGACUGUCCACACAGCGUUCAAUAGACCGGACAAUACCCACCCAGCUCCGAUCACCUGUUUGGCACCAAGCAAGUACGGUUCAGAUUUUUCGUUGCUGUUGCCGUUUUUCUGUGUUAGGCGCUGGACAAUUAGAGCAUUGUCUUCCAGAGAUCACAAAUCGUUCUUGGUCGGGGAUGGCAUCGGAAGGGUGUGGUGCUGGCAAGCUGGUGAAGAUGGUGGUCGAGCGGAUCACUGGGUGCAGGAUGUAUCGAGGCAGAGAUGUACACAGUGCCAACACAAAUUCUCUAUAGCCGAUCGGAAACACCACUGUAGAAAUUGCGGACAGAUUUUCUGCGCCAAGUGCAGCCGCUUUGAGUCACAUAUCACUCACAUGAAGAUUUCACGUCCUGUACGCGUUUGCCAGAACUGCUUCCUGCGACUACGUGCACAAACGUAG